CUUUGAAAAGCUUCGUGAAAGUUGGCAUUUAUGAUACAAACGAGCAAAACGAUUGUUUGUUUGCGUGUGUAUGUGUAUUUAUGCGCAUUAUUCUACGCCCAUUAAAUACGCACAUACAUUUAAAAAAGCAUUUCGAUUUUAAUUCUUUUGUAUGCGAUUAAGUGAGCGCAUUUCUUUUAAGAAAACGAACAAUGUAAAAUAGUACACUUCAAUUUGUACUAUACCAACAGAAAAUCAUCAACAGAGAUGAGUGAGUAAUACUACUUCGCCGGGCAGUUGCCGUCGAUCGUUUUAUAAGUGCGGCCGACUGGUGUCCGGCUGUGCCGUUUAAUUUUGCUGCGAACUGCGAAGAAUACGAGUGUUCCAAAAUUUGAUAAGACUGCAGAAUGAUAUUAUAUAAAAUAUUUCAACAAAAUUAUUCUAGAUAAACGAAAUAUAACUACAAUAGCAUAUGGCAAACGGAAAACAACAAAUAUUUUUAUUUGUAUUUGAUUAAGAAAUAAAUAACAGUUGGAUAAAUAUUUUUUGUAAAUAAAACUCGUAUUAUUAGUGUAGACAUUUGUAUUCAAUCAAAAAGUCAGUUGAAACAAGCAAAGUGUUCGCUUCCACACGCAGUAAAAACGCUUCAAUAUAUACAAUAGUCAUACACAGAAAAUGUUCUCUACAUCCGGCUACGAUCGACUCUACGUCCGAAGCACUUCCGGUUUAGCUAAAUUGCUCUGUAUGCUAUUUGCCGUGGCUGGCAUUAUAUGCAUUGCAGUUAGCACGGCGCCAGUGACGAAUCUGCGCGGCCUCAUCUAUAUGUGUGUAAUGGUGUUCGCCUGCCUCGGCAGUGCGCUGGUGUUUUUGAACAAUUUUUGUGAAAUUCGUCGUUGUAGGCGGCAUUUUUGCAAUACAACCAGGUUUGAGCUGUAUCUUCAUGCCACACUGGCAGUGCUGUGUUUUCUUGCCGCUUCUGCCGCGCUAACGUUGGCUUUGGUGACCUACUCCAUUGCAGCGUUUUUCGGCUAUGUUGCAUUCUGCCUGUACGCCUUGGAUGCCUGGUGUAACUAUAGGAGAUAUCGCCAGCGCGAUAUGAGCACGCAGACGUAAUAGUGUGUGUAUGAAGGUUGUUGCAGAUAACAGUAUUUUCGCUGUUUAGGAAAUAUUUUAUAUAUGUUCGAGGAUAUUACUCAUGUCGAUAUCACCUGCCUGUCUCUAAUGAAGUACAUACUGCCAUUGUACAAUGUUUCAAAAUAAUUUAAGGCUUUAAUAACCAGUAUGUACAAGUAUUAUUAUAAUAGUAUAAGUAGCUUUUAUAUGUGUUUAGUGUUAUAAGUUGCACUUAAACAGUAAUGGCUUGUGUGUGGUAAAUGGCCUGAGACAGAAGCCAAAAUUGCUAUCUCGCUCUUCAAACACUAACAAAAAUACUCUUGUACAGUCAGGCGACUAUUAAGCAUUUAAGUUGUGAUUCAAAGUACUUAUAUGUAUAUAUUUAUCAAGAAAGAAAUAUAUAUAUUUGUAUAGAUGCAUAUUGUAUUAUUCGCAAAUCUUAAUCAUAAAUUAGCUAUAUGUUGACCAUAUAAUUGUACCUACUAAGCAUGUUUGCGUUAUGAUACAAGUUUGUUGAAAAUUAUACCGAGGAAAAUACCAUAUAGUUGAAGAAUCGAAAUUAGGAAAACCAUGUAAACGAUAAAAUCCUUUGUUUUAAAAUAUUAAAGUCCGUCUGUUGUUCACGAAGUAAUAUUUUUUACUGCCUCCAGAGAUUUCUCCUUGUUAUCAUUAAAUUGUAUACAAUCGGUGAGAGUUUAAAAAUUGAUUGAGAUCUUGGAAAUUUGUUGAUAAUUAUUCAUACUUUUUUUUCAUUUACAUACCUAUUACCUACUAUGUUAUAAUGCGUCUUUUUGUGGUCAUUAUAAUCUUACAACGAUGCUGAAAGGGUUAAAUUGAGGAAAACCAACAUAUACCUCUAUGUUCCAUGUUAAACAAAAUAUUGACUGCGGAGAGAACCGAAACUGUUAAAUUAAUAACGGUGUAACCUUUCUCAUACCAGCACCGUUUUUUGCUUAUCAAGUCAGACUAAACAAGAAGAUAUAUUUAUCAUUAAAUAUGUUUGUUAAAUAAGAAAUUCGUGUAGUCCCUAGAAUAAAUUUUAGAAUACAUUUUUCAUGGUAUUAGCAUUGGAUGAAGUUAAGGCACACUAACUUGGAAAAUACAUACUCUUCUAAAUGCAUGAAACUUUUGUUAAUUUGAACUAAAUUUCUGAAUAUUAUUAUGUUAUCUAAGUUAUAAUUUUCAACAAAUAGCAUUAAUUUGGUAUUGAAAGUAAACAUUUGAUGAUCGUAAAAUAGCCUUAAAUAUAGUUAGUCUCUUCCAUAAUUUAACUCUAUAAGUACAAUUUAUCUGUAUAAGUACAUGUGUUUUAUUUUGGUAAAAAACCAAAUUAGGAAAUUAAUUUAUUUGUUUCGUUAUAAAAGUAAAACAUCUAAGAGCUGCUUAGUUCGAGCAAAGAUGACCUUUAGGUAACCUAGGAAAUUAUAAGAAUAUUAGAAUAACGAAGUACCAGUUGGUAUAGUUUUAAAGGAAUACACAUUUUUUUAUAGUAAAUGCUACGAAAUUAUAUCGAAAUACAAAUUAAAGUGAUCUACCAA